AUGCCCUGGGACCCAGUCUCGGAAAAGAUAUGGGCUAGUUUAGGGGUCAUACGAAAAGAAGUGAGCGAGUCUUUAUCAGACGACUCCAGUCCCCCACCCCCAGUCGCCAGUGCUACCGAUCAUCCUAAAACCUCGCCCUCCAAUCCUGCCUCAUCUUCCGUCCCUUCUGCUCAGGGACCAACCCCGUUAUUGGUCCUUCCUAGUCUUAACGUCAAGACCCCUGAAGGAAGGAAGAAUCGCGCAAUCUGGUGUAGGGCUUUGCUCGAGAUCUCCGUCUUCUUGAAAUGGUAUAAAUUACAACAUCCUCAUAUCGAAGAAUCGAUCAAAUCAAACUAUAUCGUCCCUUUUAAUCUCGUGUCGGCUUACCCCAAGAUCGUCCAAAUGCUAGGAGGGAAUUCGAUCCCGGUAUUUCCAACCAAGUCGACGUGGCAAACCCCGAACGGCAAGCCAGUAGCCUAUGCGGCCUACGCUAAACUAGGGAUCGUCCCGAGCGUGCCAGAUGGGGUGAUCAUCUCCGGCUACGAGGUCCAAGUGCGCACGUUCCCCCACCUGCGUUAUGAGUUCUACGAGGCGCUUCGGGAGAUCCAGAUGAUCCGGGAAAGCCAAUCUUUGGCGGUAUUCUUGGGUAUCGAGGCCAGUCGAGGCGUUGUCGGACUUACCGAAGCUAGAUUGGCUUGGAAUUUGAUCUGCGGUGAUGGCAAAGAUCCUUCCUUUGAUAACAUGGAUCUUACUAGAGAAGAUUUCAUGAUGAACGCGUAUAAUGCCAAAGAAGCCGCUGAGACUAAUCCAGCUGAGAAAACAAAACUUCGGAAUGCGCUCAGGACUUUAGUCGAGGCCAAUCCGACCAAUGAGCUUUUACGAGUCAUCUCAGAUACCGCCAAUAGUGCGGCAGAAGAAAAGGCUAACCCUAUGGACUUGAACAAAGCAUAUGCCACCCUAGGUGAUAUUAUACCCGAAGUGGAUGACGAGAUGCUGUGGAUGGCUUAUACAAUUGGCGUUUCUGAUCAACCUGGUCAGAAAGACGUCUUAAGAGAGGCCCUCCAAGUUAUUGCUAGACACCGAAAGAGUCAACUAAUCGAGUCUCGUUUGGUCGCCGAAAUUAAGGGUGGUAAUGCUGAAAGCGCAAUGGAAAUCGUUCCAUAUAGUCCUCCCCCCGUAUCUUAUGACUUGCCUGCUGGACUCAAUAAUAUUGGAAAUACUUGCUAUUUGAAUUCUUUGCUUCAGUAUUUUUUCUCAGUUCGAGAACUGCGAGAAAUCUUGCUCAGGUUUCCUGAGUUCGAACAGGAUAUCGAUGAGCAUCAGGAGAUGAAGGAAAAGAAAAGAGUUGGAGGUCGGAUCGUCUCGGCCUCUGAAAUUUUGCGCUCCAAGCAAUUUGCCUCCCAGUUGCAAGGCUUGUUCCGAGAGAUGAUUAGCACACCAUUAUCAGCCGUGACGCCGGAGAGAGAGCUUGCAUUUCUUGCGCUAGUUCUAUCGAAAGAUGAGAGCCCGAUGAGUGUGCCAACGACGACGACGAAUGCGAACCACAACUCGUCUGCGAGUACGGAUGCGACGUUAGUGGAUGACCAGCCGGUGAUACUUGGCCCGACCUUCAAUGCGACGCCCUCGCCACCGGCGAAUGUUGCCUCAGCGGGUUCAUCAACCGUCCUAGGCAAACGGAAGAGCGAGAGCAGCGGGUCAGAUGACGGUCAUUCGACCAGCCGGAACCUCAUGGAUGUCGACUCGGUCCCCCCUGCGACCGCUGACAAGGAGCUUAUUGGACCCACUAAGGACCUCGCCAUGGCUGGUAGCUCGCCCAUCUUACCCACCUCCGAACCUGACCCACCUCCUCCACCUAAAGCUACCGCACCAUUGAUCAUCGACCUUACCGACGACUCCAACAACCCUCCUCCUCCUCCUCCUCCUCCCCUUCCGCCCCGUCCGAAUCGGAGCAAAAGUGUGACAGCUAUUGAGAGUGGAUCUCAUAUGAUGUUUGGUCGUCAAAACGACGUCUCCGAGUGUAUGGAUAAUUGUCUCUUUCAGAUCCAGGCCGCUCUUGAUCAGGAGAAAAUUAGGGCCAGUGGAGAGUUUGAUGGGGAUGGAAACCUCGUGAAAUCGUUGUUUUAUGGCAAAACUAGACAAUCCUUGAUGUUUGAAAAUCCGAAAGGGAAAGUGUCAAUCAAGGAAGAACAGUUUGCUUAUUUGCUGGUCGAUGUGGCUGAGGAAGGUCGAGAUCUUUACGAUGGAUUGGAUAAAGUAUUUGAUGAGAGUGAGGUAGAGUUAGAGAAUGGGAAAGCUUGUCGACGAGUGGGAUUGGUAGAGUUACCACCUAUUCUUCAAAUUCAACUACAGAGGGUUCAAUUUGAUAGAAGAACACAUACCGUAUUCAAGUCGAAUGCUCAUCUGAAAUUCGGCCAACGUCUUCGAAUGGACCGGUACUUAGAACCUGAUCCAGAUGACCAAGUAGGACAAGAGAAGAGAACCAAGACCAUUGGGCUGCGGAAAGAGAUUGAAUGUCUGCGCGGCAGGUUAGGAGAACUAACGACGAAUGUGAGUGGAGACAAGCGCACCGCCAGCACAGUCUUACGGGACCUGCAUGGUAUCUUAUCCUCCAGCGCGGAUCCCAGUAGUUGUCCGUCCAGGGCCGGCUCGAGUCCCGGGACUCGACUGGACUUCUUCCACGGCUUAUUAGGCCCCGAGGAGCUCGACUAUCUGGAUGCUGAAGCCACUGCGAUCGACGCGGAGAUCGCGGGUAAUAAAGUGGCCAUCAAGCGUCUUAAAGCACAUGUGGAAGAGAUGUGGAAGGUCGACGAAACCAACGAGAAUGCACCGGCCUCUCGGUCUGAGGAAUUCUCUCCUCCUUCUAACACCACCGCUCAUCUCCCUCCCUCCCUCGAUCACAAUCUUCCCACUAAAUCUUCUACUACGACAACCACGACUCCUACUUCUACUCCCGUUGUUCCGAUGAAUGUCGAGCCUUCUCAGUCCCAUCUCCCCCCUGCUUCUGGGAAUCUCAAUAAAGAUAAAGAUAGGCGGCUUGAGCAGGAUGAUGAUGAUGAGCCGGUUAUCAAAGAUGAUCGGAUAGAUAAACAUCCGUCCUCUUCCUCCUCUCAAACUGCCGAAUAUAUCUUGGUCGGCUUAUUUAUGCAUCGAGGGACGGCACAGGGGGGACAUUAUUGGGCGAUUCAACGACAAUUACCGGAUCGAUUGGAUCGAUGGUUGAAGUAUAAUGACAGCCAAGUGAGCGAGAUCGAUCCGAAGGUCGAAGUGUUCAACGACGACGACGAGCACGCGGACGACGACGAAGAAGAAGGAGGCGAGACAGUCGGAGAACAAAUGGUAGUAGAGGGGCCCAAAGCGCGAGACGAGGAUGAUCAGACCAAGACGCCUCCCUCGACCGAUCUCCAACUUCCUCAUCAAAUCAAACCUUCUUCGUCUGGGUUUCCGGCGAGUAAGAAUCGUCAGAAAAGGACGGCUGAUAAUGCCAAUCCUUAUUGGCUGACGUAUGUGAGGAAAGACCAGCUCAAUCGCUUCCAAAUGGUCCAUCGUAACCUGCAUGCUUUCGAUCCACCCGUCGUCAUCUCCUCCUCUGCUACUCCGCCCGUCCUUUCUUCUUGCUCUUCCUCUUCUUCGGCCCCUCUUCCUCCUGCGACUCUUGUUCCUGCUGAUCCUAUCGUUCUUUCUUGA